AUGUUUGGAGGAAUUCGAGACCGGCUCUACCGCUAUCAACGGAACAAAAGCUCACGUGUCGAAUUCUACCCGAAUGCUGCAAAAGGUCAAGUUUGUUUUUAAUAAAUAAGUUUUGGGGUUGCUAAAAAUAUUAAUUUACGUAAAAGUAUCGAUAUUACCACGUUUGCACGAAAAAAAUCAUUUUAAUUUGAUCUUUUGUUCUAACACUUUGAUCUAUCAAAAACCCGCUAAUAAUACGAAUGAUUCUAUUUAAAUUAUUGAUUUGAUUCAUUAAUUCAUUAAUCCUCUGUAAGCAUGUUCAAUAUUUUAACCCAUGGGUUUUGUUUCCCUUCAUACUUGGUUUGUCAAUUUUAAAAUCGAUUCUAAUUUCCGCUAUGCCAUGUUUUUCUUUUUUGCACCUGCAACUUAUUUUUCAACGAGUUUGUUGUUGUUGUUGUUUGUGUUGAGGGAAACAAUUCUUCAAUUUGAAAUUAUUGAAAUGGGGAUAUUGAUUUUUGAAUCUGAAAAACUCUUCGUCUUUUUUUCCCAACAAAAACAAACAUUUUGAUAAUAAAAAAAAAUUCCCCCCAUUUUUUUGUCGUUGACAUUUUCAUUCAACCAGAAAAUAAUGUUUUAUUAUCAAUUCAAUUCGAUAUAUACACAUCUGUUGGAGAUUCGUUUUUUUUCUUUAUUUUUUAUCUUUCUUGACCUUUUUUAUCGAUGGUUUCAGGGCAAAUGUACUUUGAAUUUGAUUUGCAUACUUGAUAUUAAAUACCAAAAAAUGACCAAAGAAAAGUAAAGUGAAGUAAAAUCUCUUCAAGAAUUAUUCUUAUUUGAUUCGAUUUGCUUGAUUUAGUUAAAUUAUUGAUUCAAUUUUCAGCGACUGCAAACUUGCGGGAAAGUUUAGUUGAGCAAAAGACACAAGAAUCAACAAUUGAGCCGCCUUCAAAACCACAGCCACAAUCUUCGACGACAACAGCAACUUGUACAACACCAAACGAAGGAGGUUUGUAUUUUUAUUUGAAUUUCUGAUGAAAAAUGUUUUAGGAUGAAGGGAAAUCAAUAAAUUUUGUGUGAUGCACCAUUGGAAACGAAUAAUUUCAUAUUUGAAUGCAAUAAUUUGAUAUUCGAAGAAAAAGGCAUUGAUUGAACCGAGAUUUUCAUGUUUUCUUGCGAAAAUUCUUUGAGAUCUUGCAUUAUAAUCUUGUUCAUAAGAUAGAGACUAUUCGUAUCAUAUAAUUUUUGAUUACUUUACGUUAUUCAUAAGUGAUUUAGCGACAUUUAUACUGAAAAACGUUAAAUCACUUAUGAGUAACGUAAAGUAAUCAAAAAUUAUAUCUUUAGAAUUGUCUCUAUCUUAGAAAUGCGAUUAUAAUCCAAGAUCUCAACGCACUUCUGCGAAAAAAAAUGUCGGUUUAAUGUCCAUGCCUUUUUCUUCGCGUAUUAAAUUAUUGCAUUAAAAAAUUAUUCUUUUCCCAUGGCGCAUCACACAAAAUUUAUUGAUUUUAUUUUAUUACCAAACAAUUUUCUCCAUUUCCUCUCCCCAAAGGCCGAUCUCAAAUCCAAAAAAUAUUUUUCCUUAUCUCCCCAAAGUUUUAUCCCUUACUGUACAUAUAUCAUCGCUGAAAUGAGAAAAAACGGGCGGUUUUUGAGGAGAUUGAUAAGAAAAAGUGCACAUUUUUUCCCAAUGUCUACCAAAAAAUGUACAUUUUUUUCUGGAUUUCGAUUUUUUCUCUUCUAUACAAAUAAACACUUCAAAUGAUUUUUUGAACUGUAGAAAAAAUCCUUCACUAUCUAAAAUUGCGCGUCUUUUUUUCCCCAUAUGUUUUGACACAUUAGUUGUAUCUAGAUUGUAUAAAAAACGACGCUAGUCCCGCCUUUUUUUCGGGAACACCCCCAGCCAAAAAGUGCAUAGUUUUAUUACUGCUCAUUUACUUACAAAAUAAUGGCUGGAGGUGAGUCUUCUUAAUUUCUUAACCUCUAUACUCAAGUCUUCUUCUCAAAAACAUGUGCAAUUUCAGACAAAUCAUUGCAAGUUUCAACGGACGCUCAUCAACACCAUCAUCCAACACCUCCAACCUCAUUUUUCUCAUCAACUUCACUCGCAGUUCACCCAUCACCAAAUACACUUCCAUCAUCUUCAACUGAAGAAUUAAGAAUGCCAAAUAUUAAGGUAGCGUGCCCAUAUCAAUUUCAAAAAACAAAAAAUUUCAGGUUUUUUCUGGGUCUUCUCAUGCUGAUUUGUCUCAAAGAAUUUGUGAAAGACUUCAAUUGGAAGUCUCAAAAGCGUCGUUGAAAAAAUUCAGUAAUAAAGAAACAAAUGUUGAAAUUGGUGAAUCGGUUCGUGGUGAAGAUGUUUAUAUAAUUCAAUCGGCUGCCGGUGAAAUCAAUGAUAAUCUAAUGGAACUUCUGAUUAUGAUCAAUGCCUGCAAAAUCGCAUCAUCUUGUCGUGUUGCAGCUGUUAUUCCCGCUUUUCCAUAUGCGAGACAAGAUAAAAAGGACAAAUCUCGAGCUCCGAUUUCAGCCAAACUUGUUGCAAAUAUGUUAUCUGUUGCUGGAGCUGAUCAUAUUAUUACAAUGGAUUUGCAUGCGUCGCAAAUUCAAGGAUUUUUCGAUAUUCCAGUCGAUAAUUUGUAUGCUGAACCAGCUAUUUUGAAAUAUAUCAAGGAAUCGAUUCCGAAUUGGCAAACAUCGGUUAUUGUAUCACCAGAUGCUGGAGGUGCUAAAAGGUUUGUUGAAUAAAUAUCUAACAAGGAGCUUCGGUUAGGGUAAACACGGGUUUUGAAAUAGGAUAAGUGCAGUCGUAGAUAACUUGAUGCGCUGAUAAAGAUGCUGAAAAAAUUAGCUGCUGAGUUCCAAUCUGAGCUCCAAAACGAAAAUUUAUCAUAAAAAUUUGGGUUUCAAAACUUUUCCCAAUUUUUGUCACAAAAUUUUGCUUUGGAGCUCAGUUGCGUGGAGCUCAGCAGCUAUUUUUUCCAGCAUCGUUAUCAGCGCGUCAAGUAAUCUAAGACUGAACUUAUCCUAAUUCAAAACCCAUGUUCACCCUAACCGAAUUCUCUUGUAAUUUUUUGUUUUAUCCAAAAUGUUUGAUUUCAGAGUUACAUCAAUUGCUGAUCGUUUGAAUGUUGAUUUCGCCCUUAUCCACAAAGAAAGAAAACGUGCAAAUGAAGUUGAGAAAAUGACUUUGGUUGGAUCUGUCGAAGGAAAAGUUGCGAUUCUUGUUGAUGACAUGGCUGAUACUUGUGGAACUAUUUGUAUGGCUGCUGACAAAUUGGUCGAAGCUGGAGCUGAAAAAGUUUAUGCGUUCUGUGUUCAUGGAAUCUUCUCAGGACCCGCGAUUUCUCGUUUGAAUGCGUCGAAAUUCGAAGCGGUUGUUGUGACAAAUACUAUUCCACAAGAGGAAAAUAUGAAACAAUGCUCAAAAAUUCAGGUUGGUUUUGAGAAUUUUUUUGUUGAAAAAAUUGGUUUCAAAAUUGGAUUUUCGUGAAUUUUUAAAAGCCUUGAGAAAACUUCAACAAAAUUUAAUUUUUGAUUUCGAGUUAAAUUUUUUUAAUGCCUCUAAUCUUUUCCUUCUCCUCAAAUCAUAAUAAUUUUUUGCAGUGCAUCGACAUUUCGAUGAUUUUGGCUGAAGCAAUCCGUCGAACCCAUAAUGGUGAAUCUGUUUCAUAUCUUUUUUCACAUGUUCCUAUUUGUUGA